UAUUUGUCUAUGGACUCUCGUGUAUGUAUUUCGCGUGUUUGUACUUCAUGUGCGCUUGCCUGUUAAGAUUUGUUUGACGGCAACAGCUCAUCACCGUGAACGAUGGAUGACGAAGCCGAGACAUACAAGCUGUGGAGGAUUCGGAAAACCAUUAUGCAGCUGUGCCACGACAGAGGAUAUCUGGUGACGCAAGAUGAAUUGGAUCAGACCCUGGACCAGUUCAAGCAGCAGUUUGGCGACAAGCCGAGUGAGAGGAGGCCCGCGAGGAACGAUCUUAUCGUACUCGUUGCCCACAAUGACGAUCCUACUGAUCAGAUGUUCGUGUUCUUUCCUGAUGAGCCCAAAAUUGGCAUCAAGACGAUCAAAACAUAUUGCCAGCGGAUGCAAGAGGAGAACAUUACGCGUGCCAUUAUUGUUGUGCAGGCAGGCAUGACGCCAUCGGCCAAGCAGGCCCUGGGAGACAUGGCACCCAAGUACAUUCUGGAGCACUUUCUGGAAUCGGAGUUGCUCAUCAACAUCACGGAGCAUGAGCUUGUGCCAGAGCAUGUGGUCCUCACCCCGGAGGAGAAAACUGAACUGCUUGCGCGAUACAAGUUGAAGGAAAACCACCUGAUGAGGAUCCAGGCGGGAGACCCUGUGGCAAGGUACUUUGGGCUCAAAAGAGGACAGGUUGUCAAGAUCAUCCGGCCUAGUGAAACUGCAGGACGUUACAUCUCAUAUCGUCUGGUGGUGUAGCAUAACCAAGUUCUUACUACAUUUAAAAGGGUAAAGAGGCAGGAAUCAGCUUGACACCCACAAACCAUCGCCAUAUCCGUUGCUGCAUCAGUGUCACUGUCCACCGCUGGGGAAGCCAGGUUGGCUCUUUUGGAACACAGUCAUCCUCUGACUGCACCCGGUGUUGUGCUUUGUGAUAAAUGGUAGCUUAAGCAACUUUCAUCACUUUGGAGACUUCGGACUAAUUAACGAGCCAAAAUGUGUCAUCAAUAUUAAAACUAUUCAAUCUA